AAGGAAUCAAAAUGCCUCCCCGCGCCCCCUAUGUUGUUCCGGCGCUCAAGAAGCACACCGCCACGGUGAUUAUGGCCCACGGUCUGGGCGACAGCGGUGCUGGAUGGUACGUACGGGUUUCUUUUCGCUCCCCGUGAACAACGACGACGAUUAUCGAGACGGAUGCUGAUCAACUGGUCCGACAACAGGAUGGCUCUCGCCCAGAACUGGCGCCGUCGGGGCAUGUUCGACGAAGUGGCCUUCAUUUUCCCGAACGCCCCUAUGAUCCCCAUCACCGUGGUAUGCGACGAUUAUCGAAACACGGCGUGGAUGGACCGAGCUGAUACCAGGGUUAGAACUUCGGCAUGACCAUGCCGGGAUGGUACGACCUGGCCAAGCUUGGUCGUGAUUUGGACUUCGAAGAAUCCGUCCGCACUCAGGAUGAGCCCGGUAUCCUUCGCUCCCGCGAAUACUUCAACACCCUUAUCAAGGAGCAGGUCGAGCAAGGCAUCAAGCCCUCGCGGAUUGUCCUGGGCGGGUUCUCGCAGGGUGGAGCGAUGUCUCUGUUUGCGGGUGUCACGCACCCGGAGAAGCUGGGCGGUGUGUUCGGUCUCUCUUGCUACCUGUUGCUGAGUGAUCGGAUCAAAAACUACCUCCCCGAGGAUUGGCCCAACAAGAAGACGCCGGUUUUCAUGGGCCACGGUGAGGAUGAUGACGUGGUGAAGUACGAUUUCGGCACGAUGUCGGCCAAGUUGCUGAGGGAGAUGGGGCUGGAGGACCUCAAGUUCAACUCGUACCCUGAUCUUGGCCACUCUGCCGAUCCGGCGGAGAUCGAAGACCUGGAGAAGUUCCUGAGCAAGGCUAUCCCUCCGGAGGAGGGCCAGACUUCCGCUGGCUUAUGACUUGCUGAUGGCCACACUGUGAAGACGGGGUGGCCCACGGGGAGCCCCAUCACACAUAGCAUUCUCGUAGGUUUUGUCGUGUUAGUAAUUGCCGUUCUGCUGUCCAGAUUCAGCCCGAGGGAUAGACGCGAUGCACCGAGAAAACAAGAUUGAACAUACAAUAUUCUGUUUCUGCGAGACGUCUAGAUCAAGAUGUACAGUACAAGCUUGACGGAAC